UGGGAUUGUCCGUCCGUUCUCCGCGUUCCAGAGGAAGCGCCGCAUAAAACCGACCUCAGAGCGCCCAGAGGCAGUUCACUUCUCCCGGGCCCAAUGAGGCCCAUGUCAACGCAUCUCUGCAUUAGUCUUUUAAACCAAAAUAAAAUAGUACGUGUCCGGGUCUUUCUCACAAAGUGACCAUGGCAAACUUCGGCAAACCGCGGCAGGCGCAAGUAGAUCAUGGCUGCAGUUGCGCACAAGAUGAAAUGAGUGGCACCUGAUUUUAUGCUAAUGUGGGGACCGGCGCGAGAGCAGACGCUAUCCCGCUCGCAUCCAACAACGGCUUGGACAUACGGCUCACACGCUCCCGUCGCUGGAGUUGGUGAACUCGCCGGGGCUUUAUGUGAGACGCUGUGCAGUCAGCCUGGUCCCCCGCUCCAGAGACGCACGCAGGAGAACACACACCAGAGACAGCAGAGAGAUGAAGACUGCAUUCCUGCUCUUCUCCUCUCUCCUCGUCCUCGUCUUCCAUGUGACAUGCACCACUGCCUACUACUCUCACCAUGGGAGGAGGGUUUGUGGAAGUGAUGUAAGCAGGAGGGUAUCGUACAGCACAGAGUCGUAUGUGCAGCCAGUUUACAAACCUUACCUCACUAUGUGCCAAGGGCAGCAUCUCUGCAAUUCAUACAAGACUAUGUACAGGUUGUCAUACAGGCAGGUGAGCAGGGCAGGCCCAUCUCUCUAUUACCCAGAAUGCUGUCCGGGGUGGCAAAGAGUUCAUUCCCACAACUGUAAUCAAGCGGUGUGUGUGCAGUCAUGUUUAAAUGGAGGAACGUGUUACAGACCCAACCAGUGCUCUUGUCCGGCGGGGUGGAAAGGGAGACACUGCCAAGCAGAUCUAGAUGAGUGUGCUGAGGGGCGUCCAUGUUCUCAGCAGUGUGUGAACACAGCAGGCAGCUACAGGUGUGUGUGUGUGGAGGGUUUCACGCUGAACACAGAUGGACGCUCCUGUGACCGGAUCCCACCGCCGCCCACCUUACCCCCGCCCCCUCCCACGACCCCCCCACGCAGCCAGCCCAGAGGAGACGAGCCCAAAGACCACCCCACUGCCACAGGUGUAGAUUUAGGGAUGGUGGAGAACGUCACAGAGGAGGUGCAGAUUCUGAGGGGCAGAGUGCAGCUACUGGAGCAGAAGCUGGAGAUGGUGCUGGCGCCGUUCACCACUCUCUUCCCAUUGGCUGGUGAGGAGGGCGUGGCCGGCGGUCUGGGCGUGGUCGGUAGCACCAGCUUCCUGUCUCACUCCUUGCAGCAGCUGGACCGCAUCGAGUCCCUGAGUGAGCAGGUCGGCUUCCUGGAGGAGCGACUCGGAUCCUGCUCCUGUCAGGAAACUUCAAAGCGGUGAGAGCAGAGGUUGGUCGAUCACGGAAGAUUCUGUCUGUCAAAACAGACAUCCCUGUGCCUGAACAUCCAGUGUAUCAACCUAUACCCUCCAUGACCUGCAACCGGUCUUUCACCAGAUCUGCUCGUUGUGCCCCAUUGCCAAUGUACUGCGUCAAGAGACUGUGUGCACCAGAUUCUAUCUACCCCCCAGUAACACACCACAAUCAGAUUCUUCAGACCAGAUCCCCCUAGUAACACACCAGAAUUAGAUUCUUCAGACCAGAUCCCCCCCAGUAACACACCACAAUCAGAUUCUUCAGACCAGAUCCCCCUAGUAACACACCACAAUAAGAUUCUCCAGACCAGUUCCCACCUUGACACAUUUUACACGUCACCACCACAUCCCUUCUUUAGUGUUCUGUCCCUUUAGUCAUUUUAUACUAGGUCCAUUCUUCUCAAAAAUGUUCUUUUCGGUUCCUGUUUAUCAGUCUAUUUGACUUUGUGUUGGUGCAGCUGAGCCCUAUGUGUAUUUAAGUUUUCCGUUCAGUGUUGUCGUUUGUUUAACUUAUAGCUCCACCUGCAUCCCUGCCAUAGGCUCAAAGAGGCGGCUACAGACUAGUGUUCGAGUUCCUUUCCAUGUCUGAAUGUUGAAAAUCUUGUUUUUUUAAUAAACAUUUUGUAACUUUUUUUUAAAUAAA